AUGGUCGCAUAUUUGGAGUCUAUAGUGCUCGUUGGGUUGUUGACCGCAACUGCACGAAGCAUUUCAGUUGAGCAAAACUACACAAUAUGUAACUGGGCUCGCUUGAGGGCUGGAGUGGUACGAGAUGCUGUUUACCUCGAUGGUGGUCUCCUUUGGUGGCAGACUGCCUUCGCAGAUGGAACUGCACCCGUCGUGAGCAGCGACGGGAACGUCGAUGGGGAUAUGUUUGUGCUGAACUUUUCGACGCCUUUUGAUACUGCCAAGACUAAUGUAUCGGGCCUGUUGAAUCGGAUGGCAAAAGCGGGAGGGGCAGGAAACAAUAUCGCGCCUAACUACGUGGAUGGAACUAUGUUCACUAAUGAUGGGGAAUUAUAUUUAUACGGGGGCCUACCUCGCCUGACCGACUCUGCCUCGCCGCAAAGCGAAGAGAGCAUCCUUGGCUACGAGGCCUACCAGUAUGGUCCGAACAGGGCUAGCUGGAGUCCUGGCUUCUACCAAGGGACUCUUCCCGAUGGGGUUACAAGAUACAUAACCAACGGCGCAGGAGUGUCUGCUCCGAGUGAAAACCUGGGAUUCUACUUCAGCGGAAUGCGAUCGCCGUCAUGGGGACCAAUUUACUACGAAGACUCCUCAGCGAAUGUGACCGCAAACACUCUUAUUGAAGUCGACAUGUCCGAAAUGAGAAGCGAGAAAUGGACGAACAACACGCUUCCUGACAACAUCCCGCCGCGCGCAAACGCCGAGUUGGCGUGGAUACCUGUGGGCGAGCAAGGCGUACUCGUGGCAAUUGGUGGAGUCACCGCCCCGGAAGAGAUAUGGCCAAUGGGUCUGAACGAUUCACAAAGUUCUGAAAGUGAAGCGCAAAGUCCAGGACUCAUGACCUCUAUUCCCGUCUACGAUAUCGCUUCAAACACCUGGUAUCUGCAGAACACCACCGGUCAGGCCCCGGGCCAGCUGACAGAGUUCUGCUCUGUCGUUGCGACAGCAAAAGACUCGUCGUCGUUUAACGUCUACAUCUACGGCGGCUAUGACGGCCUGAACGCCGCUGAUGAACCAUCCGACGACGUCUGGGUCCUCUCACUCCCAGCUUUCCAAUGGAUCAAGGCAUACAGCGGCACUAAAUCUCACGGGCGCUCAGGCCAUCAGUGUGUCACUCCAUACCCGGAUCAGAUGUUCGUCAUUGGCGGUGUUCACCAAAACCAAGCCAACUGCGUCGAAGGCGGAAUUGUCCAGAUCUUCAACCUCAAUACACUCGAGUUCCAAGAUACUUAUGACCCCGAGACGUGGUCGGAGUACGAAGUACCCGGUGUCGUGUCCCAAGCAAUUGGAGGCAAUGGUGCCUCCACAAAACGCGCCGCUACCCUGGAUGGCGAAUUGGCGUCCAUCUUUGCCAAACCCUACUCCAAAACAAUCACGCAUUAUUACCCAUACCCUGUCAACGGCUCAUCCGACGGCUCCUCUGGAGGCAGUGGAGGCUCGGGCGUCAGCAAAGGCGCCAUCAUUGGCAUCAGCGUCGCCGCCGCCGUGAUCGGUCUCCUAUUAAUCGUCCUCAUCAUCCUGCUCGUCCGCCGCCGCAGCAUCAUCCGCAGCGGCUCCUCCGACAAGUCAUCCCAUUCGAGCAACAGCCGGAUCUCCCGUUGGCUCAACGGCGCCUCCUGCGCAACAGCAGGUCAAAAACGUCCUUCACCCCAGCAAUGGCAAUCCACGCAGAGCUCCCGACAAGAAGUCCAGCAAAUCGGCCCCUAUGCCUCCCUACCGGACGAGUCAACCCCUCCUCUGCAACCUGUCCGCCACGAAAUGGCCAACACGACCGAACGGCCCAAGCCCCCGUUCGAACUGGCGACGGAUUACAACAACCUAGACCAUCCCCGCCACUCCGGCAUUGUCGACUACGCCUACAACACCAACUACGGCCACACGCAUUCCAACUCCAACUCGACCUCGAACUCGAACCCAACCUCGGACGAAACCUCCGCGUCCGCCAACCGUCCCUCCCCACCGAGUAACAACAGCCCGUCCCCCGCCAUGGGCACAGGCGCCUCCCCGCUACGCAACAUGCGCUUCCCGCCCGCCGGGCCCGCAAGCGACAUCUCCCCUCCCAGCCAAGAAACCUCGAAUUCCACCUCGUCGAACUACUCCUCCACCGGCACGUCCGAGACCCUGGCGUGGCCCCUGCCCGGCUCGCAGAACACAUGGCGCGGAACUCGCGGCUCGAGACCAGCCAACGGCAACAACAACAACAACGCCGCGGGCCUCGGCCCAAGAAACCCGUUCGAGCGCGAACACGAGCGCGACCGUGACCGCGACCGAAACAGCGAGAGUUCCUCAGUCCAGCCGAUCAUGGAGGAGCAGGAACCUGACUCGCCGCACUAUGCUCGCGGGUACCCCUUUGCGAACAAUGCUCAUGCUCAUGCCCAUGCUCAGGAGCUACCGACCGAGAGAGACGCGGACCAGGACAGGCGGUUCUCGUAUCAGCAUGGCAAUGAGAGCGCGAGUAGUGGGAUAGGCACGCUGCCUAGUCCCGUCGUGACGAAUGAGGGGGCCAUGUUGCCGCCGCAGGAUGAGGGCACGAGGCGAAGUCUGUUUGAGACGAUCAGCCCGGUGAGUCCGACGGUGGCGAGGAAUUGGCAUGGCCAUGAGAGGCGAGGCUGA